UUCUGCUUGAACUUCACAGUGUGACACCCAGCGGAUGUAAACAAAGAAGCACGAGCAGAGUUAGCUUCACUGCUGUGUGGACUGAGCUAUUAAACGGCUGUAUUAUAGUAUGAAUGAGAAAUAUCAGAGUGUUAAAGUAACGAUGUAUUCAGUUGAGUAUCUGAGAGAGUUGAUCAGCGACAGACUUAUUGCUGCUGCUGGAGAAAUAUUCACAGAGUUUGAAAAAACCAUCGUCCAGUACCAGGAAGAGAUCGAUCGUCAGCGCAGACUGCUGGAUGUCAUCUGGAAACCACACAUCCCCUUACAACCCAUAGAGCUCCCACAGUCUUAUGUCUGUGAGAAUGAGAAGACUGUCGUUGACCAUCAGCCCCAUGACAAGGAGAGAAACUCCAUGGUGGACCAUGAGGACCCAGAGCCUCUACGGAUUAAAGAUCAGCAGGAGGAACUCUGCACCAGUCAGAACCAAUCAAACCCAGAGAUUUCUCAAAUUAAAAUGGAACAGGAAGAAUUGUGCACCAGUCUGGACCAAUUAAACCCAGAGUUACCACAAAUGAAAGUGGAACAGGAUGAACUCUGCUCCAGUCAGGAGGAAGAGUUAAUUGGAUUGAAACAGGAGACUGAUACUUUUGAGGUGACUCCUGCUGAUGAGGAAAGUGACCACGGUGAACCAAAACCAAACAGUGAUCAGCUCCUGUUUCACAUCUCUUGUGUAGCUGAGAGCCCAGAUCAGGAAGGAAGCAAGGAUGUAGACUCAGGAUCAACUAGAUGUAUCGAGCAGAAACCAAGACAUCAGAGUAACAGCAGUCACAGUAAUGAUGUAGACAAUGCUCCAACGUCAGCGAGACAGUGUGGUAAUGACAAGGCAAGAAAAUCUGCAACAUGCGAGGUCUGUGGAAAAGCUUUUAGGUAUAAGUCAAUUUUAAUCAAACAUCACAGAACCCACACAGGUGAGAAGCCGUAUUCUUGUGAAACCUGUGGAAAAAGCUUCAGUCAACGGACCUAUUUGACUGCCCACAUGAGAUGUCACACAGGUGAGAAGCCGUAUGUUUGUAACACUUGUGGAAAAAGAUUUUCUGGUUCAUCAGCACAUUAUAGGCACGUGGUAGUUCACAAAAUGGGAAAGCCAUAUUCUUGUGGAACCUGUGGAAAAAGCUUUGGUCAAAGGGGCACUUUGACUGACCACAUGAGAUGUCACACAGGUGAGAAGCCAUAUGCUUGUGGAACCUGUGGAAAAAGCUUCAACCGUAGUCAUCGAUUAAAAGCCCACAUGAGAAUCCACACAGCUGAGAAGUCGUGAUCCGGAAAUAUCUGUGGAAAACAUAAUGUCAGAACUAAGGUUGAAACAACAUGGAAGAAUUGGUAUAGGUUAAAAGUAGAUGUUUUAGAUUUAAAGCACCUUUAGUCUGUGCUUCAACAACAAUUGUGAGGAAGUAUGUAAGCAAUCCUUGAUGAUUAGACCAGAGGGAGUCUGGACUGUGGUGGUGGUGGAGCAGGCAGAAGAACCAAACUGAAUGUCUGGAUGGAUAUGGUAUUGGUACAGACUGCUACAUUUCUGCUAUCAUGACAUCCUUCAUCAGCAGAGCAGUGAUUGGAGAUAUUGUGAAGCUGUUUGGAACAUUUUCACGUCCUGCUGAGAGAACAUGGCUGUUCAGGUGUGAACAUACUGCUGGAAUCCACUCAGCUUGAGUUCUGCCGUCUUUCAAGUAAAAGGAGGCAACGAGAUACUGAGACAUUGUGACAGUAGGACACAACAGAGUGUGUCAAUGCUGCAGAGGAGAUCUGGACAUGAAAUAAAGUUGUAAUAAAACAUCUACAGCUCCAUGACUGCUUCAUGAAAUGUUUUGAAUGCAUUUAAACAGAUGUACAUUUACAAGUUGCUUAAUAAAGAGUGUAACACUGAAGAGCCCCAGCAAGAAUAUCUCUGAGUCAGAUAUCAAAGACAUAACCAACAUUAUUAUGUUUUCAACCAACAGACAAGUGGUUUUACUAGUAGUAGCUGAUACACUCCUGCAAAUGUUAAAAACAGGUGAAGCUGUGCUGCAGUUUCUGCUGGUUAGAUAAAGGUCUUAUGCUAUUUAUUUCUUCUGUUGUCACCACAUAGGUCAUCUGUGUGAUUUGUUAGUAGGAUCUCAUUGUGUCGUCAUACAGCACAUUGAACCCUUGUAUUGUCUUAACAUCCUGAACAUCCUCAGGGUCAAAAAUGACCUGCCUCCACUGAGCCUCUAAAAUAGAGCAGCUUAAUGGAAUUUUUAACCAAAAAUCUAUUUUACAUGAAGAAACUACCUGUCAUGCUAUAUGGUAUUUCACACUUAAGACAACCUUACGCCUCUCUAUGGCACAACCCAGCCAUACGUAUUGGGAGGAAAUCUGUCUACUGGAAUCAAUGGCUUGUAAGAGGGAUACGCAAAUUGAGUGACCUGUAUGUAGAUGGAGUGUUCAUGUCAUGGGCUGAUGUUAUGCAAAAAUGUAAUCUGGAUUAUAAAGUUAAUUUUUGGAAAUAUCUGCAAAUGAGAGACUGUAUUAUAAAGGGUCAAUUUAAUCACAACAAGACUACACUGAUGGAAGUUUUGGACCUACCCAGUAUAACACACAGACCAGCCAUAUUACAUAAGGCAUUUAAUGGUUUACUAAAAAAUACAUGUAAAAACCUGAGGAUCAUUUGGCAGAAAGACCUAGGGUGUGAUCUGAGUGAGGAGGAAUGGUUGAAUAUCUUGUCAAAUACAGGGAAACACAUGAGAGAGGUGAAGGGGAAAUUUAUUAAGUACAAGAUAAUUCAUAGAUUUUACUUCACACCUUCGAAACUAUAUAGAAUGGGCUUGAUGGGGAAUAAUUUCUGUUGGAAAUGUCAAAGCGAAACAGGGACAUUUUUACAUGUGAUUUGGGGAUGUAAGCCAGUGUACCCGUUUUGGAAGAAAGUACUGGAACAUAUGAGUAAAUGGUUUGGUGUGGUGGUACCGGUUUCACCAAGACUGUGUUUGUUAGGGGACCAAACAGAAAUGCCAAAUAUAUCUAAAUAUGAACGGGGGGUCUUAAAAGUUGGGAUGGUUACAGCUGCUCGAACAAUUCUCAUUGUAUGGAAGAGUACAGCCGCCCCAGAUACUAAAAAAUGGAUGGAAAUGAUGUCAGAAGUUGCAUCUUAUGAAUGUAUGUUGGCUAGAAUUAACAAUGAAGAGAACCAUUUUAGGAGGGCCUGGGAACGUAUUUUCUUGUAGGCAGGGCAUAUGGAAAAACUGUUGACACAGUGUUGAUGAAUGCAUAUUUUGGUGGUUUGAGGGGAAAUGUUGAUUUACAGAGGGUCUUUGUAUAUAUAUAUGGUUCUAUACUGGAAAUACUGUCGGUUCUUGGUGUCAAUGUUUGUUUUGUUUUGGAGUUUGUUUAUGUGUGUAUGAAUAAAUAAAAACUUUCAUAACAAGA